UCAGAAGAGGAAAAAAGGUUUAAAGAUCAACUUAAGAAGGAACAUAUUCCAUUUUAUGAUUAUAAAUCUUUUCACAAUAUUCAAUCAAUUGAUAAUGGGGGGUUUGGAAGAAUCUAUUCUGCAUAUUCAAAACAUUAUCAAGGACUUAUUGCAUUAAAAUCUGUUGAUAUCGACCAAAGAUAUACUUUUGAACAAUUUCUUAAUGAGGCCAAACAACAUCGUAAAGUAGAGCGCCACAGUAAUAUAUUAAAAUUUUAUGGCAUAACAAGGGAGGAAUACGCAAAUAAUGGUAAUUUAUCCAAUUAUUUAAAAUCAAAUUUUAAUAUAAUGGAUUGGAAUGUUAAAUUAAAAUUCGCAAAGCAAAUUGCAAGUGCUGUAAAUCAUUUGCAUGAAAAUAAAAUAGUACAUAGAGAUCUGCAUUCCAAAAAUAUUCUCAUUCAUAAUGGAAAUAUUAAAAUUUGUGAUUUUGGAAUUGCCAAAUUCUUAUUAGAUCCUUCACUAGAGGUUUCUAAAAGAUUAGGCUCAAUAAAAUACUCGGAUCCACAAUAUUUAAACAAUACUAAAAAUUAUAGUCAUCUAACACUUGCCAUAAUAUUAGGUGAACGUGAAGCAAUAAUCAAGGGAACACCAAAAAAAUAUGCAGAAAUAUAUACAGCAUGUUGGCAAGGAAAACCAGAUCUCCGUCCUCAUAUUCAUCAAGUCAUGCAGGAUUUGCGCAAUGUAGAUAUAGCUGACAUUAUCGAAGAUAUUGUUAAUUUAACAGAUCAAACUAAUAAUGAAUUACAAAAUGAUGAUUUAUUACAUUCAAAGGAACUUCCAUUAUCAGCACAAAUUGAUAAUUUAAACAACCAAUUAAAGGAUUUGUCAAGGUAG